AUGAGACUUCCCGCUCAGCUGGCGAGGAUCGACGGCAUCCAGCACGCGCUGUAUGCCGACGACAUCACCAUCUGGGCUAAACACGGCUCGGUAGGAGAAAUGGAGGCCAACCUGCAGCAAGCGGCGGACAUCGUAGACAACUAUGCCCGUCGAUGCGGCCUUCAGUGCUCCCCGUCCAAAUCUGAAUUUGUGCACAUACGCCCCUCACCAAAGUGCACCACCAAAAUCGACCUCUCCCUUAACAGUGGACCCAUACCCGAACACGACGAGAUCCGAGUACUGGGGCUCUUUAUUCACAAAAAUCGCAAAGCUGACACAACAUUGGCCAAAUUGCGUAAGGUGGGGGACCAGGUGGGCCGGAUGGUUCGCCGGGUUUCGAACAAGCGCGGGGGCUUACGAUGCAAAGACGCCUUGCGGCUGGCGCAUGCAUUUGUAACCAGUCGAGUCCUUUACUCGGCUCCAUACCUCCACCUACGCAAACUUGACGAGAAUGCACUCGAAGUCAUUCUCCGUAAAAUCUACAAGCGUGCCCUCGACCUCCCGGUCAGUACCUCCAACCUGCGCCUCCUGGGCCUGGGGAUGGAGCAAUGA